AUGGCAUCUGUAUUUCGAAUUGAAAAAAAUCAUCGUGGUUUUCAUGGAUUUGUAACUAUCUACUAGUUAUGUUUCUCAUCUAGGGAAAUGCACGUAAUCAUAUUCAAAUUCUUUUCGAUAGACAUUUAGUUUCCCGUUUUUUAAUUGUUUUUCUGCUUUGUUUUUUUAUCUUUUUCUAAUUUAUAAUAGUACGUUCUUCGUUUAAAUUUUUUAAUUACCAGAAGCAACAUAAGAAACACUGCAAUUUUGGUGAGUUUUUACAAUUUUCAAAUUUUAUUAUCAUGAUGUCUUGCGCUAAAGAAGUUUAUAAUUCUUUAUUUAUGAAUUAAAAUAUGAUUCAGAAAUAAAUAUUUAUCAUUCGUAAUUAUUUUAUGUACGUUAAAUAUUUUACAUCUAAUAUAAUUGUACGUUGAUACGUCUAUACGCGCAUUUAAACUGUAUACAUAUAUAUGUACAUAUUUCUUACUCUAAAAUGAAAUAUUUAAAUAAAUAAAUUUCUCAUCUGACUGAUUAAGAUUUAAAUAAAAAGUACAGAAAACUAGAAUCAUUAUUUAAAAAUAAUUUUUCAUAAUUAUAUACGUACAUGAACGGCACAUUUCAUGUAACUGUGUAAUGUAAUUUCGACGAUAUACUUUAAUCUUGUAUUUUUUUAUUAUUAUUAUUUCUCUUUAAUAUGUAAUAGAUAACAAGUACAUACUAUCUAUUAUCUAUUCAUAACGUUUAAAGUUAAUAAAAAAACAAUACAAGAUUUUCUUAAACGUUUGAGGUUAUGUUCGGAUUAUUUUGAAUUAAUUUUACUAGUCAUUAUUCAUUAAUUGAGUAAGUGUUAUUUUUAAUAUUGGUGAUCUCAUUCUUCGCGUUCAAUUCAAGGAAACAAUUCUGUCUUUCAAUUUUUCGUAUAAUAGUUAUUCGUUGAAAAUGGAAGCAAAGAGAAAACGUCGAAAAUUAAAAGUUGCGAGUCAAGCCGAAAUUUUACGAUCACAUCAGAGAGACGGUGACUUUGUCAAAUAUUUACGAGAGAAAAUUUCCGAUGUUCUGCAAAUUCUCGAGAAACGAACCGGAUUGCUACCUCUUAUGCAUUCAAAUAUUCCAUUCAAAUUGAUUUAUUUCUUUUUUACCACGGGAAUGGGAAACCAAACAUUAGGAGAAGAAUAUACUGGCAUUGUACAGGCUAAUUUAAAUGCUCAAAAAGUUCCAUCUAUAUAUGCGAGGCUGCUAGCGGUAAUUUUAGAAUGUCUUGGAGAGAAAGGAUUGAUAAGAUUGCUAAAAAAAUUAGAACUAUCUGUCAAUCAUCCUUAUAGCGAAUUAACUCCUACUGCUGUAACAUUUUUAAAUUCUGUCAUAACAAAAAUGUAUACGAUGAUACCUAUUUUCAUAGUAGUGCACAAGGGAUUGUUUUAUAUCUUUGGUCAAUAUUAUAGCUUAGGUAAAAGAAUAGCGCGAGUAGAUUAUGCAAAGGUAUAUGGCCAGAGGCCUACUGAUACUAUCAGUUGGGGAUUGAGACUAUUAGGAAUUGCUACUCUCGCACAAUGUGUAUUAAAAAUCUGGCAAAAUAACCAUAGUGAAAAUUAUUCUGAUAAAUACUUAACAGUUGCUGAGAGACAUAAUAUGCUGAUGUGCCAGUUGUGCCUUGAAAAUGUGCCAACAACUACCACACCGUGUGGUCAUUUGUUUUGUUGGUUUUGUCUCACUGAUUGGUUAAAUACUAAACCACAAUGUCCACUGUGUAGAGAACAUGUUAUACCUUCUAGGAUAGUAUAUGUAAUGAAUUUGUAAAUAUUUUCUACUACUUAUAUAUAAAGAGAAAUUAAUAAAAAAGAACAUGCAACGUUUUUUUAAAUUAAGGAUAAAUGAUCCACACUAGAACUAUU